AUGUCUGACGGCGAAGUCGAGGUCGAGAGCCAGGCCGGCUACCCCAUCCUUCCCAAGGACGUCACCGAGGAGAUUGGCAGCGUGAAGCUGUUCAACAAGUGGAGCUAUGAGGACGUUGAGAUCCGGGACAUCUCUCUUACCGACUACAUCCAGAUCCGCUCCCCCGUCUACAUUUCACACUCGGCCGGCCGAUAUGCUGUCAAGCGAUUCAGGAAGGCCCAGUGCCCCAUCAUUGAGCGUCUCACCAACUCGCUCAUGAUGAACGGCCGCAACAACGGCAAGAAGCUCAUGGCUGUGCGCAUUGUCGCUCACGCUUUCGAGAUCAUCCACAUCAUGACCGAUCAGAACCCCAUCCAGGUCGCCGUGGAUGCCAUCGUCAACUGCGGACCCCGCGAAGACUCCACCCGUAUCGGAUCCGCCGGUACUGUCCGUCGUCAGGCCGUCGAUGUGUCCCCUCUCCGCCGUGUCAACCAGGCUAUCGCUCUCCUCACCAUUGGUGCCCGCGAGGCCUCUUUCCGCAACAUCAAGAGCAUCGCUGAGUGCUUGGCUGAAGAGCUCAUCAACGCUGCCAAGGGUAGCAGCAACUCGUACGCCAUCAAGAAGAAGGACGAGUUGGAGCGUGUGGCGAAGAGCAACCGGUAG